GAUUUGCCCUGCCCGGUGGUGUUCCUCCGCUGCGCUAAGGUCACCGCUGUCAUUCGGUAGCUAACCAACAGCCGAAGGAGGCGGAGGAGAUCCAGCAAAGGAAGGUGCACGAAAGAAGCAGCUAAACUCAGCAAAAUGUCUCUGUCUAACAAACUCACCCUGGACAAGGUGGACGUCAAGGGGAAGCGGGUCGUUAUGAGAGUCGACUUCAACGUUCCAAUGAAGGACAAGGCGAUCACAAACAACCAGAGGAUCAAGGCAGCCGUCCCCAGCAUCCAGCAUUGCCUGGAUCAUGGAGCCAAGUCUGUGGUGCUGAUGAGUCACCUGGGCCGUCCUGACGGAAACGCCAUGCCUGAGAAAUACUCCCUGGAGCCCGUCGCUGCAGAGCUCAAGACCCUCCUAGGGAGGGACGUCACCUUCCUGAAGGACUGUGUGGGCCCUGAGGUGGAAGCUGCCUGUGCUGACCCCACCUCUGGAUCCGUCAUCCUGCUGGAGAACCUCCGCUUCCACGUUGCCGAGGAGGGCAAAGGGAAGGACCCCUCUGGGAACAAGACGAAGGCAACCCAGGAGCAGAUUGACUCCUUCAGAGCGUCUCUGUCCAAACUGGGAGACGUUUACGUCAACGAUGCCUUUGGGACGGCUCACAGAGCCCACAGCUCCAUGGUGGGAGUGAAUCUGCCUCAGAAGGCAGCUGGUUUCCUCAUGAAGAAGGAGCUCGACUACUUCGCCAUGGCUCUGGAAAAACCUCAGAGGCCCUUCCUGGCUAUCCUCGGAGGAGCAAAGGUGAAAGAUAAGAUCCAGCUGAUCAACAACAUGUUGGAUAAGGUUGAUGAGAUGAUCAUCGGGGGUGGCAUGGCUUUCACCUUCCUCAAAGUCCUCAACAACAUGGAGAUCGGUACCUCCCUGUAUGACGAGGAGGGCGCCGGCAUCGUCAAAGACCUGAUGGCCAAAGCUGAGAAGAACAAAGUCAAGAUCACGCUGCCCGUCGACUUCGUCACUGCUGACAAGUUCGACGAACAUGCCGCCACCGGUACUGCAACAGUUGCUGCUGGCAUCCCCGCCGGCUGGAUGGGUCUGGACUGUGGACCCGAGAGCUCUAAGGCCUACGCAGAGGCGGUCGGCAGGGCCAAGCAGAUCGUGUGGAACGGUCCGGUCGGUGUGUUCGAGUGGGACAACUUCGCCAAAGGGACGAAGAACCUGAUGGACAAAGUGGUCGAGGUGACCAAAUCUGGCUGCAUCACAAUCAUCGGUGGGGGUGACACCGCUACUUGCUGCGCCAAGUGGAACACAGAAGACAAAGUCAGCCAUGUCAGCACGGGAGGCGGAGCCAGCCUGGAGCUGCUGGAGGGUAAAGUCCUGCCAGGUGUGGACGCCCUGAGUAACGCUUAAACCUUCAUCAACUGGAGAGCGAGUGUGUACGAGAGGUGGUUAGCUACACAGCCAGACUCCUGUUUACUCCCAGAACAUCCCCAGAAGUGAAAUAAGACAAAUCCCAUCUUUACCCUGCAGCCGUUUCAUGUUCAGUCUUUGUUUUUGAAGUUGUGACUCAGAGGAGGAAAACGUCACCUCACACCUGCUGUCAUUACUAAGUAGAGCGCCCUGCCUUACUUCGACAUGCUUCUCAAAGCCACUCUGCUGAAAGUAGGAGCCUUUACUUAACGGUUAGGACAAAAAAGAUCAACCUCAUCGAGGUGGAAGUCGUUUCUUUCUGCUGAAACACAAACGGCCUCUGCAAUGACUGAAUCUGGGUUCAAACAGCAACGUCUGCUUCACUGUAAACCUCCGCAGUGGCUCGUGUGUGUAAAUGUUUUGCUGCGUCACUUUUGCCUCCCUGGGAACGUCACUGCACCACCCUGAGUGUAUAUACAUGCAAAGUGUAUAUAUAUUAAAAUGUAUGAGAGAAAUGGUAACUUGGUGUGUUACAUUUUGUCUGUCGGCACUAAUGUUUGCUCUGGUCGUCUGUCCUCUGUGGUGGUUGUUGGUUUCGAGCGGCUUCAGACAGAUGUCUCGGCUGAUCUGUUCAGGCUAAUAAAACUGUCUCUGUGUUAAAAA